AUGACAAGCUUUCUUAGGAACCCCUCACUCUUCAGUUGUGGCUCCGUCUACGCAGAGGAUAUGCGCCGCCGAUCCGAGCGACAGUGGAUGCCAGAACCUAGGAUUCCAUUCCGAAGCCGAAGCCUGUCUCCUGCUUAUACCAAUUACACUUAUGCUCAAGAAAAAGGAAAUCGCCGGCCAUACAAUACAGAAACACGUCGUGUCCCGUCUUCUCCCUUUAGUCUUUAUGGUUUUGCGCAAGACAAGGAAAACCGCCGUCCAUCCACUGCAGAGUCACGUUCCUCGACUUCGUCGCCCUGUAGUCCCGAGUACUACCUCAAGCAGCCUCGUACAAGAACACAUCGAACAUACCAGGCAGAGGACAGAGUACCAAGUCCCAAGUACAAGUGCGAGUAUGAGUAUGAGUACGAGUCUGUGGAGUUCAUACAGAUGCCAUGGGGGACAUCGUAUCAGUAUUCCUACGGGUACCCUGCUGAUCCACCUACACCACCUCAUUCACCGCGCACAGGAACAUACACUUCAAGCGGCAGAUCGCGGAAAGCACAUUACACAACUGAAGAACGUCGUCCACGUAGCGUUUCCCCCAAGCCCCGACGACAGCGUAAAAGUUCUAGUUCUCACCAGUAUCCUCGCUCACCGCCGUCGGAAUCCUACUCCUCGUAUCGUGAGUCUCCUCCUGUACCUGAGGGCAUUCAGCCUCGCAAAGAUCUGUACGCUGUACUCAAGAUCUCCCGUAGCGCUACGACCGACGAUAUCAAGAAGGCAUAUCGCGCUCUGAGCCUAAAGUGGCAUCCUGAUCGCUGCGCGAGCGAGGAUCGCGCAAAGGCCACGAAGAAAAUGGCCGAGAUCAACCAGGCAAAGGAGAUCUUGUGCGAUCAGGGAAAGAAAGAGUACUAUGAUCACUUCGGUCUGAUAUCCAGUGACUUGUAG